GAAACUCCCACUGAGUUCUCGACAACGUUCACAGGGAGCUGACUGACGAGAAGGAAGCCAUGGCGACAGGUGGACCCAGGAGCAGCCGUCCUCGUUAGGUCAGCAUCUAGCACAUGUGAGAGGGGCAGAUAAGAGGCGGCGGAUGUGUGGUGACAUCCCACAACAAGCAGUCGACUCACAGAGGAAGAGCGCUGGUGCUGUGCUGUCUGGAGGAUGUGAAUGACUCCAGAAAUGAUGGCGUUCCUCUGGGUUCUGCUCUGGUCAGUGCUGCCUCAUCCGGCUCUCUUCUCUCAUCCAGAUUUCUGUCCGAUCCAGGAGAGCAGCAGCUCCCAGACCAUGUCUCCGUUGCUGCAGUCCUUGCAGUGUCACAACGACUACGAGUCCCACGUCCUCUGCAGGUGGAGGAAACACAGAAACACGACGCUGGAGCUCUGGUUUGAGACAGAAGACGGCAGGGAGUUGUGUGAGCCGUACAGUGCUGCAGAUACAGCUGAGGGUAAAACUGUCCACUGCAGAUAUAAAACACCACUAUUCGUCAUUGGAGUCAAACACACCGUCUUCUUCCUGAAGAACAACACAGAGAACAUCUGCUCUUCUGUUAGACGGACGUCUCUGGAUCUUUUUCAGCACGUGAGAGCUCUCCCGCCUGUCAACCUGUCCACACAUGAAGCAGGCGAUGGAGGCCGGAGGAUCCUCUGGUCCAGCCCCUACCCGUCCUCCUCGUCCCUGAGCAGGAACCUCUCAUAUCAGCUGAGCUACAGGACGCACAGUCAGGACAGCUGGACCACUGAGAAUGUCACAAUCUCCACUGUGAAGUUAGAGAGGCGUGUGCUGUUUCCAGGUCAGCGGUAUGAAGCCAGGGUAAGGGUUCGGGCUGGAGUGGGUCACUGGAGCGACUGGAGUCCAGUGGUGACCUGGAAGACUAAAGACGACUUUGGGCAGCUUCCCACUUUGCACUGUGUGCUGGGAGGAGAGAGGGAGGUGGUGUGUAGCUGGAAGGUGAGCCGAGAACUGGCUCACUUCAUCACCUAUCGGCUGGUCUGUCGACGCAAUCGAACCGCCCGGUCGGAGAGAUGCUGUGUGAACCCAGCAGUCCGGCCCGACCACAGCGGGGCGCUGCUGAGCUACAGCUGCUCUCUGGACGUCCCAGGAUCUGAACAUCUGCUGCUGGACCUCCAACCAACACACAAUGCCAAGACUUUUGAGGCACACCAGCACAUCCAUCCCAAACCACCGCAGCAGCUGAAGGUCACAGAGGAGAAAGGGAACUGGAUGGUGGAGUGGACGGAGCCGAGCACAGCUUCCAAACUCAGACUGUCCUACCAGGUCUGCUACUACAGGACACCAGAUCAAAGAUCUCCGGUGCUGCUGAACAUCUCAGAGGGAUCCCUGUCCGUGACCAUCCUGGGAAAUUCCCUGGAGCCUUUCCAGACCUACCAGGUGAAGGUCAGAGCCCUGGUGGUUCCUGGACACGGUUCCCUCUAUGAAGGAAUCCCCUCAGAAUGGACGGAUCCUGUGGAGUGGACUUCACAUGGAGCCACCUGGUCCUCCACCACCCUCCUCUACAUCCUCAUCAGUGUGUUCGUGGCCACAGUCUUCUUCAUCCUCUACUGCACCAUCCCAGCCUGUCAGAGGAAGGUCAUUCUAUGGGUGGAGUCGGUUCCUUCUCCAGAAAAAAGCAAAAUCCUCUCUGAGAUGAAGUCUGCCACCACUCGGACCAUCAUGCAGAGCGAGAAGACAUCCAUCUGCAAAGUCCAACACCUGGACAGCGUGUCAACGUGCUCCUCCGAUGCUUUACUGUGGCCGACCAAGGCCAGGGAACCAGACCGUCUGGAUCAGGAGGAGAGCUGCUGGGAUGGAGACGCUCUGCCGGGUCCUGCUGAGAAGGUUCAGAGCUCUGACACGUCUUCUAUGAGCUUCAGCGGACCGUACAUCUUCUGUCAGUCAUCAGAGCAAACAUCCAAGUCAGUGAACAUCAAGAGUGAAGACAAAGACAAAGACGCCCCGUCAGAUGUCUCUGCAUCUCCUUCCCCAGUGAAUUUCACAGUUUUCGGAGACGGUUAUGUGCAUCUACCGAGCCCCAAUGUCUCCAGAUCCACUCAGGAUCUCGUCUCCCACAGUAAUGAGAACACAAGCUCACAUCUCCACAUCAGCGCUGAGCAGGACCAACAUAGACCAGAUAGUCAGCCUGGCCUCAGCGAGCCCAGCAGCAGUGAUCAGUCUCCAGAAUACACCUCAGAAGCUUUCAGUGCCUGGCCUCAGAGCGACGCCGUCCAGGUCUCAGGGUACUGCCACCUCCCCACCACCUUCAUGACGGCAGCCAAGUGAGGAGCAGCAGAUCUAAGAGGACCUAGAACCACUGAUUUCUGUUUCUCCCAAUAAGCUUUCCACAAUAUUCCAAGUUCCUUGUGCUUCCAUGUGAAAAACAAGCAUCACAUGUUUCAUUAAUGGGAUUGUUGAGCAUUUUAAUGGACUAUUAACCUCCUUUUUGUUUGACUUAAGGUGAACUAGUGAGCCAAGCUGUGAGAGGAUAGUCUGCACUCAGGACAGCAAAGCAUGUCUUUAUUUUUGAACUUUUUGGAAACAAACGCAUGUUAGAUUGGGACAAAAUACCUUGUUAUCUAAUCAAAUCCAAACACCUAUCAUGCAAAACACCUUUGUGAAACUGAAAGUGUUUUAUUUUUUUCGCUGAACCUGCGUCUGAUCCGAUUCUUAACGGACUGUUGUGCUUUUCUCAAUAUGUAUAAUGAUCACUUCCUCUUCCUAUUGCUCCACCCAUGCACAGCGUUUCACACAGGAAGUGAAUGUUCAACCACAGACUCUUCAGAACUGUGUUGAAAUGUAGAAGUUUUUAUUACUUCCUCAAACUCUGCCUCUGUCACUCCUGAGGAAGAAGCUGAAUUUAGCAAACUGCACUUCACUGGAAAAGUUUCUGUUUUUGCUGACGUUCGUGUUCACUGUCGUCAUGUAUGUAAGCGUGUUUGCACAAACGUGUGGGAGUUGACCCCUUAUUGUAAAUGUCCUAGCGUGAGUGUUGCUGGAUGU